GCAGUAAUUCACCCAGAGUUUCUAGCAGACCUUGUAUCUCCAGCUGAAAGGAGUGAUCUGAGUGACCUACUCCAGGAACUAGAGCUGGAGGAAGGCUUGUCACUGUCACAGAUCAUGCAGAAGCAGACUUGUGAGAAGCCUGAAGCUCAAGCAGAGAGCUCUCUCUCCACAGACAAGAACCAAUAUCUCCCAUCAACCAGCAGCCACACAGAGAUCUCUGUGCAGCCUUCAUCAGCGCACGAGACUGCUUUAAUAAACUGCACCCCCCAAGCGCUCCAGACAGACUCCAACCCCCAGCAUGCACUUCAGAACUCCCCACCGGAAAUAUCACAGCACAGUUCUGACAUCCAGUCGUACUCCAACUCCCAUGAUGCACCCUUCCAUACAAACUCCAGCUCCCAGAGUUCACCUCAGGGGAUCCUUCAGCUGUACACGAAGGCCAAGGAUACUUUUCAAACGCUCCGGAUAACCUUCAACCCCCGGGAUCAACUUCAGCCUGUUCAGUCAAACUCCAACUCACAAUAUGCACCUAUGAACAACCAGGUUUCAGACUCCAACUCCCAGGGUGCAUUUCAAAGCCUUGAACUAAGCAGCAACUCCAAGAAUGAGCUUCCAACACUCCAACUGGACCCCAAUUCCCAGAAUGCACCUGUGGAUAUUCAGUUAGAUGCUAAUUCCAAUAAUGAAGCUCUAGACACUCAGCUGGACUCCAUUUCCCAGAGUGUAUCUCUAGACACUCAGCUAGACCCCAAUUUCCAGACUGUACUUUCUACACUCCAGCAAACCUCUUUUGAUGUGCCUAGAAGAUUCCAGGAAGACUCCCAGGAUGCACCUGUAGCCCAUAAAAACUUCCAGGAUGCACCUACAACACUUCAGCUAGACUCCAUCUCCCUAACCCCCCAGCAAGACCCUGCCUCCCAAGAUGCACCUCUGGGCCUCCAGUCCAACUCCACUCCCCAAGAAGCAGCAACUCCACCCCAUCUAGACAACUCCAGCUCCCAGCAUGCUUUAGCUGCAACGCUCACCGAUGAAGUCUGCGACUCCGUCCUAUCAAUCUUGAGCUCGGAAGAGGUGUCGGCUCUGCUGGGGGAAGGCUUGGUGUCCUUCUCACCCGAGCCCACCAUCCUCCAACUGCUGGAGUUUGUGCUGGACAGCGAAGCAAUCGACUCCACAGACUGUUCCGAGAUGCUCCUGGGACCCUGGACAAGCAUUUCCACUCAAGAGACCACACUGACCCCACCCAACACCUUCAAGACCCAAGCAGACCCUGAGGUGAGCUCUACUGAAGCCAUGGAGCCUGUCCGACACCCAGAGAGCGACCAAGAAGGACAGACAUCCAAACCAAGCCUGGAAAGAGGGCGGCAGACCCCAGGUGAAGCUCUGGUUGCCUGCCUCUUAGAUGAGAAUAACCACGUGCGCUUGGGGGACCAGGAGCUUCAACAGCUGAGCUCAGGAGGGGCGGAGAUCUCUGAGGAAAGCUGCCAGACGUCCGAGCUGAAUCAGGAAUCUUCUGUUCUCCGACCGGAUCAAGGUGAAGUGGCAGCUCCUCUUAAAGGAGAGCCGGCUGGAGAACUGAAUCAGGAUGUCAGAGAUUUCGGGGAAAGCCAGACCUUUACUUUAACGGAGGAAUCGGCCAGUGUGUCAACAGCAGAUGGAGAGAUAGAAGAAAAGGACAGAGAUGAAAGCCCUCUUGGUGACAGCCCACCUGAGGAGUUCAUCAUUGGGCCACCGAAUUCUGUAUGCUCCAGCCCGACUGCCAUAGAGGCAAAUGCCAACCCUGAAACAUUUCCGAAAGACAGCUCCCAGAUGUCACAGGAAAAUAUUGAUCUUGCAAACCAAACGGUUUCACUUGCUGCUCCAUUUUUGGAAGAUUUGGCAAAAAGCAAUAAUGUAGAAGACCUUUCUUUGUCCUCCGUCGUGGAUUCAAACUUGGUACAGGAAAAAGACCACACCGUACUGCAGGUUUUCCAAGACGAAGCUCAUCGAAGCAGCACAGAUGAUCUGGUCCCUCCAGAUCUGUCUUCUGGAAAUCGCAACAAGGUCUGCCAAGAUUUGCUGAAAGAUCCAGACAAUUCCAGCGUUUCCUCCGAUUCCAAUGCCUUGUGUGUCAAAGAUCAAAGCUUUUCCCAAGAAAAGGUGGAAAAAGGAGGCUCCGUAGAUCUAGGCAUCCCUGGUGCAUAUCUGUUCAACUUCACUUACAUCUGCACAGAUACUGUAGGAAAAUAUCCAGAUUCGUCUGUGGUUUUAACCGUAGGAGAGAAACCGGCAUCAGACCACGACAAAGAACAUUCCUCAGUUGCGGAAAUCCCCGAAGAUAGAGACCCAUCUGAAGGGAAUAUGGAAAGGGAGGAUAUGACCCAAGGUAUCCCCGAUUCAGACAUCCAAGCAAAAUUAGAAGCCAGAUCUAGUGAAGGACAAUCCGAAGCACUGGAGCCUGAUGCCCCAAAUAGAACUCUAGAAGAUCAGGAAGUCCCAACCCUGGUGGAAGCACGACUGCCUGUGAAGCUUAUCCGACGUUGCUGCUGCCGCAAAACAAAAAACAAAUCUGCUUCAUGUUCUUCAAACAGUAUCGGACAAGCGUGUCAAAGUGGCAGCCUAAACCCAGAUCCUCCACUGGGUAUCGGGGAAGCCAACCAACUAUCCAGUACCAUGGGAGCAAAGACGAAAUUAAAAAGAGGUCACCCAAGGAACCAGGACAAAAAAUCCAGCCGUCCAACUGAGACCAACCAUCCUACGCAGCAGUCUGAUGAAGAUUCAAUUUCAGAACCAAACAGCGAACAGCUGCCGAAGAAACUCAAAGGGCAAAGACGGGGGAGAAGGAGAAAGAUUUCAAACCCAGAUUUGAGACAGGUGAGCAAUCACAUUGCUGGGGAGGCCAGCAUUCAAAUUCCAGAAAGGGAUUUAGUAGAGGGUGGCCAACUAGAACGUGAUCCAUGGUUAGGUGAGGAAAAUAGGCAGGGUUGUGCAGCAGUGUCCAGUGCAAAUGUGCCAAAGCGUUGCGGGCGGAAAGGCAGGACCAAUCUAACCACAGGGGCAAAAAAGCCAGGAAAAGGACGAUGUCCGAGGACAAAAUAUCUGGAAUCUGUCACAAGCCCAAGCCCAAGCCCGCUUGAUGCUAAUUCAAGUUUGACUGACAUGCCUUUCCAGAGUAUAGCAUCUGGAAGUACGAAAAACGAGGUGACGAGAAGCAAUCGAGACCAGGAAUCAGACAACACGUCCGCUCUUGCGGUCUCCAGGUCGCGAUGUCGCCGCAGGAAGCAGAAUGAUGCAGUUCCAGUUCAAGCGAGGACCGCCAGGCGACGUUGCCGUGCAGAGAACGACAGCAUCGCAGCGCGGACCACCAAACGCAGAAAGAAAAACUGAAAGGAAAUAAAAAAAAUCAGGAACCAAACUGAGUUUCGUUUUUGAAUACCCAAGAUCCAUUAUCCAUAACUAGGCUCCUUUAUUAUUCUUAAAUGGCUUGAAAACGAACCAAUCCCUGCCCUUGUAGAGUAUUUCCUGGGGUUCCUCAUUGGAACACCUUGUUAAUCACACAACAGGUUUCAGUUUAGGAGUCGUUUGUGACCAGCUGUGAUUGAGUGGGGCGGAGCUGUCCAAAGUGUCAGGUAUGAUUGACACCCGUUUCAUUGGAUUUUCCUCAGCUUGGAAAUCUCUGGUCAGAAGCAAAGAAUAAAGUGAAAAUGAUGGCAUUGAGUAGCAAUGCUCCUGUUGCACAAUUAUAGGUUUCAUGAUGUUUUAAUGAAGAAAUAAAUACAUCACAAAAUAAUACGAUAGUGAAAAAAAGGUGAGUGAUUUAUUAAGGUAUUUUGUGAGCCUCUGAGGAAUUAACCUUAAAAAGGAGCAGGCCUGUUUAUAACUGAAACACUCAGUAGUGC